CCCUCCCUGUGCAUCCGUGGGGCGUUCGUACUGCACAUGUGCGGACCGUAUUCAGCCAGUAGCCUUUUUGUAUACAGCUAAAAUAGAAAUCGAUUUAAUUGUUUCUGUUGGUGAAUUGGGUCGGCAUCUUUUUAUUUAGUACCAGUGCUUUUGACGUGAGCCGUUCGUUACUAAAUACUGACCAUUAGCAGACUAUGUAGGUUACCGAAAUGGGGAAUGAUACGUUUUUAACGUUAUUGAUAGUAGCGUCAGCAACAGCGUCGACGCACGUUCACAAUGCUGUUGAAACAGAAAUGUUUGCGAUCCCCAUCAGCCCCAAUCUGUUUAACUGGACUUAUCAAGAAUUCGACCAGCAGUACCGUUUUCAUGCAGCAAUGCGCGGGAAACCUGAGUUACCGUCAUGGCUUCGUUACAUCUACAGUGGAAGACACCACUCGGGAUUCAUAUUCGGAACUCCACCUCGAGGGACCAACAAACCGAUAACCUUGGAAGUCAUAGGCCUAAAUCGUCAAGAUUAUGAAACUCGAAGAGUUCUGUUAUCCAUCAAAGUACAGCCGAAGGAAAGCAUGGCGCGACAUGAAGUUGAACUGAAGAUCGACAAUCUGAAUGUGGAAGAUUUACUGGAUGAUCACAGGAUGACUCGUCUCAAGGACAUCCUGAAGACCAGGCUCUGGACAGAAAGCAGCCAAGACCUCUACACGACGUUUCUGGCUUCAGCCAUCGAUUUAGGGGCUCGAUUGCCGCUGCGACCCAGCGAUGGUGAAGGGUUAGUGGUUCGUCUAGGCAGCUCAAUGCCUUUCUCCACUCAACUCAAGUGGCUGAGAGAGGAGGUUCGCCCUCUAUCUCGCCUUCCCAGCUGCCCGAGGGAGUACAAGCGAACGACAUCCGAGAGACUGUUCAGGGAUGCUGGCUUCACUCUGGACUGGUGCAACUUUGAGCUGUACAACACAAUCUACAAAGACCGGACCACCGAGCACCUCGAAUACCUGACCGAGUUGCCCAACAAUAGCAAGUCAGCAAAGUCUUUUAAAGCGCUGUCAACCAACGACGCGUGGACUGCUCCCAGCAAGCGAUCGCUGCCUAAACGAAACUACACGGGACAGUUGGCACUGGCCAUGGCUGUUCCGCUGGCGAUGCUGGUGCUUUCGGUCGCUACGUUAACUGGCGUCUUGUUCUUCCAGUAUGCGGCUGUCCGAGAUCCUGAGUCAGAAUAUUUUCUAGAAAACAUUUUCCACGUGUGCAUUGACUAUAGAAAUAGAAAGAGAGCUCACAAAAAUAGUAAAGUGGAAAUCUGUCGGUAUGGCACGGGCAACACAGAUCAAACACAAGUCGCGGAUAACACCAGCAACAAAAGUCUAGGCGUUAGCCCCAACAACAGCCUGGUCAGGCCUUACAGCCCUCGCUCCACCACCAACCUGGCUGGAAACUACAACCGCCCGCAACCGCCGCCAUACAUGGGCUCCAACACCAAUUCCCUUCACAACCGCCGCUCAGCUAACAUCGAUAAAACUCCUCCAACCAGCCACACUCCUGAACACCGCACUCAUCUUGCUUUGGAAGAAUCUUUAAAACUACUGAAUGACGCUAACAUCGCCAAUGACUUCGACAACCUCAACCUGAUUAAAGAACCAAUCGUUGACUUCAAUGAUGGGACUGACGACUACGUGCCGAUCAAGACUGAUGGAUACGUGUCAAUGAAGAAUCUAGAUGAUAUUGAUGUACCAGACCUGACUAAGUUUGGGAUCGCUGGCCCGAUUUGACAUGAGGUCUCCGUUGACGGCCAGCCGCCAGUCAAGACGUGGUUUUGUUAGACGGGAUAACAUGGUUACAACAAAUCCUGAGCACGAAUAACUCUUGCAUCGCAUUUAAUAAUCGUACUCCUUGCAUAAAGGUAACGACGCCAUUUUAAUUAAAAAAAAACGAUUACCUUACCAUAACAAGAACGAUAUUUAUUCGUGCUCAGGGCACAGGAUAGAUUCUGGCACCGACAGUGAAAGACGACAACAGCAAUUUCAAACACGGAUAAAUUCUGCAUCCAUUUCAUAUCAAAAUGAUUUGGAAAACUUAUCUUAAAUAUGGCACCGUAUUACUGGUAGAUUGACAAUAUUAUACUUACUUAGUUCUGUGUCUGUAGACUAUUUUAUUCGUUUUAGAUUCGAAAGCUUCGCUUUGCUCGUACUUCAAAGUAAAACUAUAAAUCUCGAUAUUUAUGAUGCGACUUUUUCGAAUCUAAAUUGAUAAAGAAUGUGUUUAGUAGCCUUUAACAAGUGAUUAGCUAACAAACUAUGUAAUACAUUUACUAAAUUAAACCUAAUUUUAGUUCAUACUAACUAUUAACGUAGAUCGAUGUCUAUUCAAUGUUACAAUAAUAGUGUCGAUUUUUAGUAAAUUGAUGUUCUAAAAGUUUAAUGAAUUUUAUCGAACUGCAGAUAAUGCACCUAGUGUACCACUAUCCUAAAAUCUACAAUGUCAUGUUGAUGAAAAUAUUUUAAUAUCUUAGCAUCAGUCUGCUGUUUGUUCUAGUCGAAUUAGAAAAUAGUUAAUAGAAUAAGUAUUUAUUAACAUUAAGGUAUAGGUAUAAUACUUAGUAUUUUUUUACUAAUAAAUUGUCAAUUUGACUUUGACUCUCGAAAUCACCGGAAGUGGGCAAAGUUGAAAAGAAUAAAAUUAAUUUUAUUGAGUUUACUUUAUUAAAACAGAUUUUUGAUGAUUUAUAUUUUAAAAAUAAUGUAUAAUUAACUAAAGUUUUAGAUUAUUAUAAAGGAAUUUACAUUGUUACAUUUAAUAAAUUAUUUUUGACGGUUUUAAUAAGUUCUUUGUUAUAAAUGUUUUAUAUUACAAUAAUAAUAUGCAUUUAUUGUUAUUUACUUAGUCAAUUUUUAUAGUCAAAUAUUACAUAAAUGUGGUAAUAAUUAAUGUUUCAAUUUUAAUGCAAUAAAAUACAUAUCCAAACAGCACACCUGUUUCUUAUUUAUUUUUUACUCUUUACUAUGUUCUUACCCUACUACCAGUACAUUAUUAUUAUUCUGUAUAUCUAUGACUGGUAGACUACCUUAUU